AUGGACGGGGUCGCCAUCCCUGGCGGGGCGGCCGCGUUGCCGGCCUGGGUGGUGCUGGCGCUGGAGGCCGCGGCCUACCUGGGGCCAGGGUGGGGUCCAGUGCAGACGACUUGCCCUGACCUCUCGUGCCCCGCCUGCCCCGCGUGCCCAGAGGCGGCGGCUUGCCCUGAGGCCGCGGCUUGCCCGGCUUGCGAGCCGCCUCCCUGCGCGGCUUGCCCGGCUUGCGAGCCGCCGCCGUGUGCGGCCUGCCCGGCCUGCGAGGCGAGGGCGUGCCCGACGGUGUCGACGGGCGAGAAGGCGGUCGAGAAGCUCGCUGGAGCGCUGCUCGGAGGGCUGGUGCACUGGCUGGUGGGGAAGGUGAUCGCCCGCAGGCAUGGCGAGUGGAUCAUCCUGACCCCAGAUGGGGACAUCUACGCGGAGGACAUGAGCUGUGAGAACCCCGAGACGGGGCCCUCUCGAGCCUUCCCGCUGGCGCUGCGGACGCGGAAGAUGCGGAGGCUGUAUCGCUUCCGGGAGGCGCUGGGGCCCGACGAGCUGGCCGACGCGCUGACACGGGGCCGGCAGGUGGCGCUGGAGAUAGACGCUGCCUUGCCUGAGCCGAGGGAGGCAGUGGCCGUGAGCGGCCAACGGGUCUCGUGGCAGGAGGCUGCCGGCAAGCUGUCGGCCGCGGAGCGGGCCAGCCUGCUGCGCCUGGGCAUGGCCGUGGCUCGCCUGGGCGGGAGGCUGCUGGAGGCUCCUGGUGCGGGUCAGGCCUGGAUCGCCCUCAGCGGCGGGCCCGGCGUCGCGAUCGGGGCGGAGGUCGACGUGUCGAGCGCCGAAGGCCUGAGCUUCGAGGACGGGCCUGAGCCUUUCGGCGUGCUGAGGGCCGCCGACGGCGGCAUGGUGCGUCUCGCUCGGCUGGACGCUGGGUCGGCCCCUGGGCGCGUGGCCGAGGAGGCCGCGGUCUGGCAAGACCUGGACGGAGGCCAUGCGCGUGCCACGGGCCCCGAUCGCCGACGUGCUGCGGCCGCGGCGCCACUCGAGGAUGGUGAGCCCGCCGAGCCUUCGAGGCAGGAGCACUACCCGGACGCGAAGGUGGACGGACCGCCUGGGGCUCUCCACAUGUUGAAGCAUAUGGAGAGGCACGGCGGCGACCCGCGCCUCUGGCUCGACCUCUUCAUCCGCAUGAAGGGCCUCGGGCAGAAUGACCGCGUGGUGCACGAACUGAGGACGAUCGUGGAGGCUUUGUACCAGGGCGGGGUAUAUGACCAGCUGAACAUGGGCGGCCUCAUGAUGGUGGAGGUGCUGACUCGCCGUGUCGCCGCGGUGGUGGAUGCCUACUCGGACCCGACCAAGCCGAGCUGGACGAACGCGCGCUUCUUCGAGGGCGUGAGCUCGGUGGAGGACGUCUCGGGGCCAGAGCUCAGGGGCUACAGGCAGUCGACGGAGCAGAAGGAGCUGGAGGUGACGCAGCAGGUGCGGGGCGUGGUGGCGGCCGAGGCGGCCGCGGGCGCGGCCGUGCCAGGGGCCUUCCUGCCGCUCCCGCUGCUGGGCGGCGCAGGCCGCCGAAUUCGCGGCAGGUCUUGCAGGGCGAGGCAGUUCGGUCGUGAGGAUCGGAUUGCGUCGGAGGUCAACGGUAUCGUCGAUGCCAUCAACUGGAUGUCGGGGUACGACUCGCAUCCUGGCCCAGCCAAUGACAUGCAGCGGGAUGCGCUUGCGCGCUUCGAGGGCCUCGUGCGGGGCCGGCAGCCGGACGCCAAGUUGCAGGAGCCGCAGGCGGCCCUCCGGGAGCUGCUGCGGGGCCGCUCGCCAUAUGACGGGCGCGGCGGCCCGACGACGGUCGCCUCCUACAGUGCAGGGCUCGUCAGCAUGCCGACGGACGUGAGCGACUGCCCGCGUCUUGAGGACCUCUUGCCUGGCGAGGCCCUUACCUUCCUGCAGGAGCGCCAAGAGCGCAUGUUACGAGAGUCACCUUUGCCGACCGACGUCGAGCCGUACCCUGGUGCGUCGGCUGCUGGCAGCUGGCAUCCUGGGGAUGGGCGGCGCCGACUUCGCCUCAUAGUCGACGCCCGCCGUGCGAACGCCCACUUCAGAGAUCCGCCUGGGGUGGAGCUAUUGAGCAGCGAGGGCCUCGCCAGGAUCGAGGUGCACAUGCCGGACGCGGGCUUCUCAAGCUACGAGGACCUCCGCGCCGCGUUGCAGGCCCAGCAGGUGUACAUCGGCAUGGCGGACGUGAAGGACUGCUUUCAUCGAAUGCGUAUCGAUUCAGCCCUUUCGCAGUACUUUUGCCUGCCGCCGGUCAAGGCUGGGGCCUUCGGCGUGACCGAGGUCGAGGGGGCCAAGGUACGGACGUCGACGGCCAUCUACCCUUGCCGGCAGGUCCUGCCCAUGGGCUUCAGCUGGUCUCUCUAUUUCGCUCAGCGGGCCAACGAGGAGGUGAGCCGCCGCAGCAGCGCGCUCCUCCGGGGGCCCAGUUUGUCUGACCAUGGGCCACCGCUCGUGUUCGCGCCCGGCGGGGCGCCCCAGGAGGUCAGGCACUACGUGUACGUCGACAACUUGGGGGUCUUCUCGCUGUUUUCUGAGCUCGUGAGCGGCGUGAUGAACCAGCUGACGGGCGAGUUCACCGAGCUGAACCUACUGUUGCACAAGGACGAGCUGGUGCCGGGCAUGGCAGUGGCGCUUGGCACGGAGAUCGACGGCAGCCAGUUGCGCACUCGUGUGACCAGUGAUCGGUUCUGGCGUUGCCGCCAGGCCGUGCGAGGCCUCCUAGCCCGCCGCCGCGUCAAGGGGUGGGCCGUGGAGGCGGCGCUGGGCCAUCUAAUCUUUUGUGGCCUCUGCUCGCGCGGCACCUUGUCAGCUUUCAAUUCAGCGUGCGGCUUUGUGCGAGCCCACUACGAGGAGGCGGCCGUGCUAUGGGCCGAGGCGCGGCGAGAGCUGGCCGCCUUCAGCUCCCUGAUGUACUUUUUGGAAUCAGACUGGUGGCUGCCUUGGAAUCCGAUGGUGCAGCAGUCUGAUGCCAGUCUUCACGGCUACGGGCUGGCAAGGGCCUUCUGGCCGCAGGAGCUGGUGGAGUCAGUCGGGCGCGUGCCUGAGCGAGCCCGCUUUCGCCGGCGCUGCGCGCACAGUGCUCGAGAGGCUGCGCUCUGUGCAGCUGGCUUCAGCAUGAGUGAGAGUGGAAAAUGGGAACUCAAGGGCCUCCCCGAGGACGAGGAGGAGCUGGGCCAGUGGGGCGUCGCGAGGGACUUCCCGGAGGUGCCCGCCCAGGGGCUCCGCGCAGGCCUGUGGGAGCCCUGUUUCGCGAGAGCCUGGCAGCACCCUGAGGGCAUCUGGACCUUGGAGGCCAGGCAGGGCGCGAGGCUUGGGGCGGGCCGCCGGCGCACGCGGCUGCUGGUGCCGUCUCGCACGGAGCCUGGCCUGCAGUUGUCAGCCCGUGGCCAGGGGGUGAGGCGCACGCGGCAGCUGGUCCCUGCGCCGCUGCCGCAGCCGGCAGCUCGGCGGGAGCGUCAGCUGGGCGAGUCGGGGCUCCUGAAGACGAGCUUCGGCUCCUCCGACAGCGGGAGCUCCGAGCCCGAGGUCGUGACCGGCGCCGCGCGGCUGCGCAGGCUCGCGCAGUCGCAGAAGCGCCGUGCCCGCCACUACGGGAUGCCCACCGGCGAGGAGGGCUUCUCUCUCCUGGAGCGGGAGGCCGUGAGGACCCCGACGCAGCGCGAGUACCAGAGGGCCUGGGACGGAUGGCGGGAUUUUGCCCGUCGGAGCUGGCCCUCUGUCGACAUCGACGAAGUCAUGAAGAGCAGGGGCGAGUCCGUGGUAGACUCGGCGUUGGUGAGCUACCUGAACGGCUUGUACCAGGCUGGGACUCACCUCUCCUGGGCCGAGAAGUUGAUGGCGGGGGUCCUGCACUUCAACCCCGACUUCUCGCGCUACGGUGCCCGGAAGCCGUGGGCGCUGGCGUUGUGGUGCGCAAUGGCGUGGCGCAUGAAGGCCCGUGGCAGCCUUCAGAUGGCGGUGUUCACGUUGAUAGCAGUCAGCGUGUACGCCCGCCCCAGCAGCCUUUUGCUUCUGAAGCCGGCCUGCCUGGUGCCGCCAGCGCCGGGGGUGUGCGAGUUCUGGACCUUGAGGCUCUUUCCAGAGGAGGAGGACCUGAGGGACAAGACGGGCCUGGGGGACGUGUCGCUAGAGUUAGACUCGCCCUGGAUUCGCUUCUUGGACCCUGUGCUGCGUCAGAUGAAGAAGGAGGGCCACCCCGAGUGCCUGUGGAACUUCACGUACCCAGAGUACUGCAAGAUGUUCGGCCUAUGCCUUCAGGACCUGCGGGUAAAGGCCAAGGUGGUGCCGUAUCAGAUGCGCCACUCGGUGGCCUCGAUAGACAUGGCGAGGAGGUGGAGGCGGCUGGCCGACGUGCAGAAACGCGGGCAGUGGAAGACCAACCGCAGCGUCGUCCGCUACGAGAAGCAUGCACGCCUGGCAGCCACGUGGGCGACAUUGAGCAGCGCGCAGCAAAACGUGUUCCUGGUCUGCGAGGCUCAGCUCGCGGACAUCAUUUUGGGUCGCGCCUCGCCGGUCGACUUGCGGGAGCUCGACCACGCCUGA